AUGACGAGAGAUUCAUCAUGCGAGAUGGAGGAAUUUCUGGAGCUUUCCAGAAACACCAAGGUCUCUUCCCACAGCCAUAAUCCUACCCUUCUCAAUAUGUUCUCUCCAGAAAUUUCCAUGCGUCUCUUUAAAUAUCACCGAUUCCAUCUCCCAUCUUACCCAUUAUCAAUACAAUUUAGAAAAUCAUAAAAAUUCACUGCUCAUAGAAAUACAUCAAACAUGUCUCAAGCUUUGUCAAAUUUGAGCCUUUCUCUUCCUUUACCUUCAAGAAGCAGCAUUUCCGGAUCAAGAAACUUCUACUUCCUGAAAACAAAUGAGUCAGGCUUUAAUUCUUCCCUUAAGGCUAUGGCAGCAGAUAGCAGAGAAAACCUUGACCAUCUGCAGAGAGCCAGCAAGCACCAGCAACAGACUCAACCCAAGAAAAGGGUGGCUCCUGUUGCCCCAGUAGGGCUGUGGGACAGAUUCCCAACAGCCAGAACAGUGCAUCAGAUGCUGGAGUCAAUGGAGAGAAUGAUGGAGGACCCAAUUGCAUAUUCGAGCGGGUGGCCAUCAGCACCACAAUCACCGAUUAAUGGAAGUGGCUACGGCGGAGGAAGGACACCAUGGGAGAUAAAAGAGGGAGAAAGCGCGUACAAAAUGCGGUUUGACAUGCCUGGAAUGACCAAGGAAGAUGUGAAGGUGUGGGUUGAAGAGAAGAUGCUGAUUGUGAAGGCAGAGAAGGUGCCAAAGAAGAAAUCAAACGGUGGAAAAAAUGGGGAAGAAGAAGAAGAAGAAGAGGAGGAGUGGUCUGCCAAGAGCUAUGGAAAAUAUAGCAGUAGAAUUGCGUUGCCUGAAGACAUUCAGUUUGAGAAUUUCAAAGCUGAGGUUAAAGAUGGAGUCUUGUAUAUAACCAUCCCAAAAGCCAGAACCACUGGCAAGAUUCUGGACAUCCAUGUUCAGUAAUUACUUGUGUGUAUACAAAAGUUGGUAGCUUUUUGGUUUAUUUUCUGCGAAGAUUUCUUUGCUUUUUGUUGGUUAACUCGGAAGAAACUACUGCAAUUUUGGACUAAACCAGUUAUUUAGUGGAAGAAAUUUUCUUUUUGUCUGCU